AUGGGUUGGCGCUGGGUGACAGAGGGGGACAUUGCCCGUGGGAGCUUCUUUGUCCAGGCCAUUCCGUCGCACCUACCCUUGCCCUGGCCCCACCCACUGACCUCCCCUCUAUGGACUCCCUCCCCUUAUGGCCGUCUCCCGCCCCCGCUGCCAGGAGUGGCACUGGAGAUGGUGCUGAGUGCGUCGGGUGUGGAGGUGACAGAGGGGGACAUUGCCUGUGGGAGCCCCGCUGUUCCGACCAUUCUGACCUUCCCCCUUCCCUACCCCGCCCGCCCGCCACUGGCAGGGUUGGCGCUGGAGAAGUUGCUGGGUGCGUCGGAUGUGGAGGUGACAGAGGGGGACAUUGCCUGUGGGAGCUUCUUCCUCCUGAUCUCAUGCGACGCGAAAGGAUCUGUGACCGGGCUGUGA